GGCGGGCGGCGGCGGCGCGGCGGCGCGCGCGCUGCGAACAGUGAGUGUGGAGGCGCGGACGCGCGGCGGAGCUCGAGCUGCUGCAGCUGCUGCCGCCGCCGAAGGAACCUCAUUCCCCGCGCUCCGGACACCUCGGGCCUCGCCAUGGCUGACCAGCUGACUGAGGAGCAGAUUGCAGAGUUCAAGGAGGCCUUCUCACUCUUUGACAAGGAUGGAGAUGGUACUAUUACCACCAAAGAGCUGGGGACUGUCAUGAGGUCCCUGGGGCAGAACCCCACGGAGGCAGAGCUGCAGGACAUGAUCAACGAGGUGGACGCAGACGGCAAUGGGACCAUUGACUUCCCCGAGUUCCUCACCAUGAUGGCCAGAAAGAUGAAGGACACAGACAGCGAGGAGGAGAUCCGAGAAGCAUUCCGUGUCUUUGACAAGGACGGAAAUGGCUACAUCAGCGCUGCUGAGUUACGCCACGUCAUGACGAACCUAGGGGAGAAGCUGACCGACGAGGAAGUGGACGAGAUGAUCAGAGAGGCUGACAUCGACGGAGACGGUCAGGUUAAUUAUGAAGAGUUUGUACAGAUGAUGACCGCGAAGUGAAGGCUGGGGCAGCUGGUGAUGCCCGUUCUCCUGAUCUCUCUUCUCGCGCGCGCUCUUCUCUCUCUUCCACACUCCCCUGCGUACCCCAGUUCGGUUCUAGCAAACACCGAUUGAUUGACUGAGAAUCUGAUAAAGCAACAAAAGAUUUGUCCCAAGCUGCAUGACUGCUCUUCUUCUUCCUGACUCCCUCCAUGCCCCCUGCAUUCUUUGCCUCCCCCUUCUGUUCCCAUCUUCCAGGCCUGAUGCAUUCAUAAGAGAACCCCGCUCCCUUGAGGGAGCCUUUGCCCUCCUCCUUCCAGCCCGGGUGGCUCUCCUCCGUUUUGAUUUGUUUUUUUUGUUUGUUUGUUUGUCCUUCUGGGUGCUGGGGUGGCCGCCAGCCCUGUCCUGGCCCUACAGGGAAGGGUGAGGCCCUCGCCCGGCGGGGGCGCUUACCCUUCGCUGUUGUGUGCACCCCAUGAUUCUGUGUGCAAGCCCAGCGGCCUGUAGGGCACAGUGCCAGGAGAACUGGGGGCGUUGAGAAUUACGCAGUGAACGGAUGUGGCCCAGGAAGGAACAAGGGCAAGGAGGCCUUGGAAGCUGGCAUUUUUUUACCACUGGAGGGGGACAGACAGAGUGGACGGACAGCACUCAGGUUCCACUGGCUGCUGUUCUGAAACCACCUGGCUGGCUUCUGAGACUGGGCUGGGCGAGGACAGCUCAUUUGGCCACUCUGCUAAUCGCAGUUGUCCCUGUCUCUCCAGCAGUCUCACACUGAUCUGUACACACCUGGUGCUAACACCCCGGGCCACUCCCCCAUGGCGCACCCGCCCAUGAGGGCUGUGAAGGAAUGGAUGUGGGGAUGGUCGCUGUGUAAUGUGCUACUUAUCCCUUUACUUUUUCUUUUUGCUCCUUAAAACUUUUAUUUUUGUCCUGACUGUGCCGGGCCAGCUGAAGGGUGGGGAGAGGGGUGCCGAGCCCCACCAUGCUCAUAGAACAAACCUGCAAUAAAACAGUGCUGUCUGGCCGCCAUGCAGAGCACGCUGCGGGCAGCCCCUGGCCUCCUGCCUGCCCGCCCACCUGUGGCACCUCCCACUCCUGCUCCUUGGGGUGAUGGCACCGCUCCUCUCCUCACCGACUGCCCCACUCCCCAGCGGAGAGCAUGGUCCGCACCCGCACUGUGCCCUGGCUUCUGACUCUCGCCUCUGGGACACAUCAGUCAUCGUGGGCAGUUCAGUUCAGUUCAGUUCAGUCUGGGUCUGUUUCCUUUUCUGUUCUCAUCUGUCC